AUGCCUCGGAAGCGCAAGGCUGCCUGCACCCUGCUCUUGGUAUUCCUGGGUCUGGCUGGGCCGGGGGGCGCCGUGACCAGAACCUACCACCUGGGCAUUGUGGAAGAGUACUGGGACUACGUGCCCCAAGGCAAGAAUGUCAUCACGGGGAAGAGUUUCGCAGAAGACAAGCUCGCCACCUUGUUCCUGGAGCGAGGCCCAAACAGGAUCGGCGGCCUGUACAAGAAGGCGGUGUACAGGCGCUACACGGACAACACCUACUCCACCGAGAUCCCCAAGCCCGCCUGGCUCGGCUUCCUGGGCCCCAUCCUGAGGGCCGAGGUGGGGGACGUGCUCGUCAUCCACCUCAAGAACUUUGCCUCCCGGCCCUAUUCUCUGCACCCGCACGGCGUCUUCUACAACAAGGACUCAGAAGGAGCCUUGUACCCAGAUGGGACAUCCGGGCGGAACAAGAAUGACGACAUGGUUCCUCCUGGUGCCAACUACACGUACGUGUGGCCGGUGCGAGAGGAGUACGCGCCUGCCCCAGCUGACGCCAACUGCCUGACCUGGGUGUACCACUCCCACAUCGACGCCCCCAAGGACAUAUGCUCUGGGCUCAUCGGCCCCCUGCUGGUCUGCAAGGAAGGUGUCCUGAACCAGUAUUUGGGGACCAGGAUGGACGUGGACCGGGAGUUUGUCAUCAUGUUUACUCUGGUGGAUGAGAACCAGAGCUGGUAUCUCGAUGAGAACAUCCAGCACUUCUGCACAGACCCUGCUUCCGUGAACAAGGAGGAUGCCGUGUUCCAGAGGAGCAACAAGAUGCAUGCCCUCAAUGGAUUCCUCUUUGGGAACUUCCCUGAGCCCGAGAUGUGCGUGGGCGAGUCAGUGUCCUGGCACCUGUUUGGCAUGGGCAAUGAGAUCGAUAUCCACUCCAUCUACUUCUACGGCAACACCUUCAUCAGCCGAGGCCAUCGGACCGAUGUCGUCAACCUCUUCCCGGCCACCUUCCUAACGGCAGAGAUGCUGGUCGAGAACCCUGGCAAGUGGAUGGUCACCUGCCAAGUCAGCGACCACUUGCAAGCGGGGAUGCUGGGCCAGUACAUGGUUGGCAACUGCAAGAGUGCUGAGGCCCCUGCCAAGAUGCAAGGCAAGCAGAGACGCUACUUCAUAGCGGCCGAGAAAGUCCUCUGGGACUACGCCCCACAAGGCUACAACAAGUUCAGCGGCCUCCCCCUCAAUGCCUCCGGCAGUGACUCCGCGCUCUACUUCACCCAAGGGGACAGCCGGAUUGGAGGCCGGUACUGGAAGGCGCAGUACGUGGCCUACGAGGACGCGGCCUUCACGCGGCGCAGGAUGACCUCCGAGGCAGAAGCCCACCUCGGGAUUUUGGGCCCUGUGAUCAAGGCUGAGGUGGGUGACACGCUGCUGGUGACCUUCGCCAACAAGGCGGACAGGGUCUACAGCCUGCUACCCCACGGCGUGCUCUACGACAAGGCUUCCGACGCAGCCCCCAACGCAGACGGGUUUCUGAAACCGGGGGCACAUGUGAGACCAGGGGAGACCUUCACGUACAGAUGGACAGUGCCCAAGAGCGUGGGCCCCACGGAUGAAGACCCGUCCUGCAUCACCUACCUCUACUUCUCGGCCGUGGAGCCCAUCCAGGACACCAGCGCUGGCCUGGUGGGGCCUUUGCUAGUCUGCAAGCAGGGUUCGCUCAACCCUGACGGCUCACAGAAAGGGAUAGACAAGGAGUUCUACCUCCUCUUCACCGUCUUCGACGAGAAUCUGAGCAGGUAUCUUGACGAGAACAUCCAGAAGUUCACGUGGCGUCCCUUCAGCGUUGACAAGGAGAACAAGGAGUUUGUCAAGUCCAACCGGAUGCACGCUAUCAAUGGCUACAUGUAUGGCAACCAGCCCGGCCUGCAGAUGUGCAGAGGGGACCGUGUGGCCUGGCACCUGGUCGGAAUGGGCACCGACACAGACAUGCACGGGGUCUACUUCCAAGGGAACACGGUCCACCUGCGGGGGACCCACCGCGACAGCCUCACCCUGUUUCCCCACGUCGCCACCACGGCCUUCAUGCAGCCCGACCACGCAGGUCUCUUCCGGGUCUUCUGCUCCACCUUGCACCACUUCGCCAGAGGCAUGAACCAGAUCUACGAGGUGGGCAGCUGCGGCCACAAGGAGCCCUCUGAGCAGCCUUAUGGGAUGAUCAGAACCUUUUACAUCGCCGCCGAGGAGGUAGAAUGGGAUUAUGCCCCUAACAAAAACUGGGAGUUCGAAAAGCAGCACUUGGACGCAGGAGGGGAAAGACAUGGGGACAUCUUCAUGAACCACACGGACCACUGGAUCGGCUCGCAGUAUAAGAAAGUGGUGUACCGGGAAUAUACCGAUGGCGAGUUCGUGGAGAUCAAGGCUCGGCCUCCACGCGAGCAGCACCUGGAACUCCUGGGCCCCAUGAUCCACGCGGAAGUGGGCGAUUCCAUCCUGGUCAUAUUUAAGAACAAAGCCCAGCGACCCUACUCCAUCUGGGCCCAGGGCGUGGAGGCCAUGGACAGCGGGAGGCAGCUCCAAGUGCCGGCCACCAACCCAGGAGAGAUAAGAACAUACAGGUGGAAUGUGCCCAAGCGCUCCGGCCCUGGGCCCUCUGACCCUAACUGCAUCCCAUGGGUUUACUACUCCACUGUGGACUUUGUGAAGGACACGUACAGUGGGCUGAUGGGGCCAUUGAUCACGUGCAGAGAGGGCGUACUGAACGAGAAGGGAAGAAGAAGCGAUGUGGAUUAUGAAUUUGCCCUCUUGUUCUUGGUGUUCAAUGAGAACGAGUCCUGGUAUCUGGACGACAACAUUAAGAAGUAUCUCAAUAAAGACCCGCGGGACGUCCAGCGCACUGAAGAUUUUGAGGAGAGCAACAAGAUGCACGCUAUCAACGGGAAGAUUUUCGGGAACCUGCACGGCCUCAUCAUGAAUGAAGACACCAUGACAAACUGGUACCUGCUGGGGCUGGGAAGCGAGGUGGACAUCCACACCAUCCACUACCACGCGGAGAGCUUCCUCUUCAAAAUUGACCAGUCUUACCGAGAAGACGUAUACGACCUCUUUCCUGGCACAUUCCAGACCAUCGAGCUGUUUGCGGACCACCCGGGCACAUGGCUGAUACACUGCCACGUGUCUGACCACAUCCAUGCUGGCAUGGAGACCACCUACACAGUCCUGCGGAACAUAGACAACAGGGUUCCUUACUCCACCAAGCCUCCCUCCGGAGGAGCGUCCCCUGCAGAGAUAGUGCCCGCCAAAGGCCAGCCCGGCAAGGAGCAGCUCUAUUUCUUCGGCCGGCAGCUGGGGCCUCAGGGAGCCAAGGCGGCCUUAGUGACCCUGUUCAUCAUGGGGCUCCUCCUCCUGCUGGCCACCGUGCUCCUGGCCUUCCGGCUGCGCUCUGCGCACCAGCGGGGGGUGUACCAGCAGGUGCAGACCUGCGCCCUCCCCACCGAAGUGCUGUGA